ACUUUUGACUUUUGACAGCUGGUUUGUGAACUCAACUCAACUAAACUCGCAGUUUUGUUAGUUUUUGUGUAAAAGAAUUCUUUCAACACAUUUUGUAAAAUCAUUCCAAGGCGUCAAAUAGUUAACAAUAUGGAAAAGCCAAGAGUUACUGAGCAACCACCACCAUAUUCCGCAACCGUCUUGCCAGGGCCUGCCCCGCAGCCGGCAGGUGCUCCGGGUGCGCCGUACCCGCCUCCGCCGCCUGGGUAUACCCCCUAUGGAGUGCCUCCACCUCCAGGUACUGGAUUUGUGCCUAACUAUGGAGCCACAAGUAUUAUCAUUCCACCCCCUAUCAUUGCUGUGGGAGCAUGUCCGGCCUGCCGAGUUGGCAUACUUGAAGACGAUUUCACUUGCUUGGGUAUCCUCUGUGCUAUUCUAUUCUUCCCUAUAGGGAUUCUAUGUUGUCUUGCUCUCAAAAACAGAAGAUGUUCUAAUUGCGGAGCUCUGUUUGGAUAGAUAGAGAUGAUAACCCUUGUUAAAUGUUUUGAAUAAGAAAUGUUGAAUAUUGAAAGGUUUAUGUAUGUAAUAAUGGUUACUCAUUAUUAUUUACUUUGUUGUUUAUGUUAAAAUAUAGUGGUUCUGCACAAGAUCAGGAACAAAAACAGCUUAACACAGUUUACGCAAAAUUAUUUCUUGUUUCUACAGUUAGGUCAACAUAACUGUACAACUAUGUUUUAACAUAAACAUGGACAGUUUUAUUUUAUUUAUCUAACAAAUAUAUAAAAUACUGAUGAUUAUAUUAAUUAGUAUUCAAGGUCGAUGACCAUUAACAUUCUUGAUAAUCUGUUGAAAUGUGUCCAAUAUACACAAACUUAACAUCCAAAUGAAAAUGACUCACAGGUAAAUGACAGCUAUUAGCUUAUCAAGAAGGAAAAUAUGAACAACUCAAAUAAGUAAAGAAAAAUAUAGAUCAAAAAUAAUAUAAAACUUCUUGCACCUAAACCUCUUUUGAUGGUCUUUAAAACCACCACUGCUUUUCAUCCAGAUGGAAAUGAUCUAAUCUACAACUAUACCAUCACAGCUUUAUGAUAAUGUUGUUUUUGUUAGUAUCAAACACAUACCACAUUGCCUUAAAUAUCUAGUUUGAACUGGAAAUGCUGCGACGUAUUUUAGCUUCAACUUACAAAGUGGACAGAGCAAUAUUUAUAAAUAGAAACAAUAUAUUUUAAAAGUAUUUUUCUCAUGCAAUGAAUAUUAAAUUUAUUUUUCAUAUCUCUGAAAGUACUGUAGUUGAUUUAAAAUAGGAUUAUAUUAUUUUUAUUAUGUUAUAUAUUAAUGUUAUGUUUAUAUUUUUACUAGUAUUUUCGAAUAUUCAUAUUAAUAGGAUAUUUUGAGUAAGUGUAAUUUUUAGGUAUACGGUCAGAACAGAAUUUGUUAU